UCAGAUUAAAAAAAAACGAAAAGGUAGAGUAAAAUUGGAGAGAGAGAGAGAUACGACUUUGGAGUUUCUAAACCGUUUUAUAAAGAUGAAGCACAAAGAGAUAUUAGAUGUUCAUAAUUAGUAAAAGUGGGUUUCUUGACCCAUAAACAAUGUUGUUCCCACCUCUUCGUUCGUUCUUCUUCCUCUUCUUGUUGUCCUCCGCCCUUUUUUUAUCACAGAUCAAAGCAGACCACGACGAUGAAAGCGGCUUGGGCAGUCAUAUCAAAGUAGACAAGCGUCUAAAGUUUGAGAACCCGAGCCUACGUCAAGCCUACAUUGCUCUUCAGUCAUGGAAAAAAGCAAUCUUCUCUGAUCCUUUCAACUUCACAGCUAACUGGAAUGGCUCGGACGUUUGCUCCUACAAUGGAAUCUACUGUGCUCCUUCUCCUUCAUACCCGAAAACCAGAGUCGUUGCAGGCAUUGACCUCAACCACGCUGACAUGGCUGGUUACUUGGCUUCCGAGCUUGGUCUCCUUUCUGAUCUCGCUCUAUUCCAUCUUAACUCAAACCGUUUUUGCGGUGAAGUACCUCUCACGUUUGAUCGCAUGAAGCUUCUCCACGAGCUUGAUCUUAGCAACAACCGAUUCGUCGGUAAGUUCCCUAAGGUUGUCCUCUCUUUGCCUUCCCUUAAGUUCUUGGAUCUCCGCUACAACGAGUUCGAAGGCAAGAUCCCGUCAAAGCUCUUCGACAGAGAGCUCGACGCUAUAUUCUUGAACCAUAAUCGGUUUCGGUAUGGAAUUCCCACGAACAUGGGGAAUUCCCCUGUCUCCGCUUUGGUUCUUGCGGACAACAAUCUCGGAGGAUGCAUACCGGGAAGUAUUGGUCAAAUGGGGAAGACACUCAACGAGCUUAUCCUCUCCAACGACAACUUAACCGGUUGUUUACCUCCUCAAAUCGGAAACCUCAAGAAAGUGACAGUUUUCGACAUCAGUUCAAACAAUCUACAAGGUCCGUUACCAUCUAGCAUCGGAAACAUGAAGAGCUUAGAAGAGCUUCACGUGGCUAACAAUGGCUUCGCGGGAAUCAUUCCUCCAAGUAUCUGCCAGCUUUCAAACCUUGAGAACUUUACUUACUCUUCCAACUUCUUCACCGGUCGUCCCCCUGUAUGCGCAGCUGGUUCGUUAGUAGACGCUGUGGUGAACGGCUCCAUGAACUGUAUCAUAGGUUUGGCUAGUCAAAGAUCGGCUAAGCAGUGCUCAUCUCUGCUUGCUCGUCCUGUUGAUUGCAGUAAGUUUGGAUGUUUCAACAUCUUCUCUCCACCACCACCCACGUUCAAGAUGGCACCCCAGUUCCGGACACUUCCUCCACCGGUUUACGUGUACUCAUCGCCCCCACCACCGUCAUCCAAAAUGUCGCCUACUGUCAGAGCAUACUCUCCUCCACCACCACCGUCGUCCAAGACGUCGCCAAGCGUCAGAGCAUACUCUCCACCACCGCCUCCUUAUUCCAAAAUGUCCCCUACCGUUCGAGCUUACUCUCCACCACCGCCUUACGUAUACUCAUCACCGCCACCGCCUUACGUAUACUCAUCUCCUCCACCGCCUUACGUAUACUCAUCACCGCCACCGCCUUACGUAUACUCAUCUCCUCCACCGCCUUAUGUAUACUCAUCUCCGCCUCCGCCAUCACCAUCACCGCCACCGCCUUACGUAUACUCAUCUCCGCCUCCACCGUACGUAUACUCAUCACCGCCACCGCCUUACGUAUACUCAUCACCGCCACCGCCUUACGUAUACUCAUCUCCACCGCCGCCUCCCUCAAGUCCACCCCCACCGUGUACUGAAUCGUCUCCGCCACCGCCUGUUGUAUACUACGCACCCGUGACACAAAGCCCGCCACCACCACCACCGGUAUACUACGCACCCGUGACACAAAGCCCGCCACCACCAUCACCGGUAUACUACCCACCGGUAACACAAAGCCCACCGCCACCGUCGCCUGUAUACUACCCACCGGUAACACAAAGCCCGCCACCGCCAUCGCCUGUAUACUACCCACCAGUAACACAAAGCCCGCCACCACCAUCGCCUGUAUACUAUCCCCNGGUAACACAAAGCCCACCGCCACCGUCGCCUGUAUACUACCCACCGGUAACACAAAGCCCGCCACCGCCAUCGCCUGUAUACUACCCACCAGUAACACCAAGCCCGCCUCCACCAUCGCCUGUAUACUAUCCGUCAGAAACACCAAGUCCUCCACCCCCAUCACCAGUAUACUAUCCAUCGGAAACACUAAGUCCUCCACCACCAACUGAGUACUACUAUUCACCAAGCCAGUCUCCGCCACCAGCAAAGGGAUGUAACGAAGGGCAUCCACCACAAGCAUCACCGAGUACUUACGAACCAACUCCUGAAUAUUCAUACACAUCAUCACCACCACCGUCUCCUGUUUCCUACCCGGAGACGUCUCUUCCACCGAUUCCAAGUGUCUCGUAUGAUGCGUCUCCUCCUUCUCCUCCGUCUUACUACUAGUUUUAAACCCCCCAUUGAGUAAAAAAAUGCAUUCUGGCCUUAUGAUUAACGACUACUCACAAUUACAUUCUUUUGGCUGCGAGACUUUAAUUUGUGUGUUUUGUUGAUUUUUAAAGAAAGUUAUUUUUCUUUCCAUAUAUAUUUUUUCUCUUCUUUUGGAUAUUUUGUUAUCUUUUUUCCCCCUAACACAGCUGCAUUAGCAGCAUUGGAGAGUAUAUAGGUUUCACUUCAAAGUUCAUCUGUCAAUUAUUAUCUCUGUAUCUGUUACUAAAAUGUUCUGUAUAAACAAUAAUGAUAAAUAUUAAACUUAAAA